AUGAAGGGUUCACCAAUGCGCGCUCUGUCAAGGGCGUUAGUCCGGGGAUCGACUCUCACCCCGUCGGCUUCUGCUGCAUUCCUCGUCUCCUCCCGGCAACCGUACUCGACUCACCCCCCCAAUGCGAAACUGAACUUGCCGACCGACUACUCAACCACUCCCUUGCUCUUCCAAACAUCGCAGUCCGCGCUGGCCAACCCCGAGCUGUCGCCUGAGGUGCGCAAUGGCACGACAAAGCGCAUGAACCUCUUCCAGGCCGUCAACGACGCACUCUCUAUCGCGCUCGCGGAAGACGAAUCCGUCCUCAUCUUCGGUGAGGACGUUGCCUUUGGCGGCGUCUUCCGCUGCACGGGCAAGCUGGCCGAGACAUACGGCGGCGACCGCGUCUUCAACACGCCGCUGACGGAGCAGGGCAUCAUGGGCUUCGCCAUCGGCGCCGCCGCCGAGGGCAUGCGCCCCGUGGCUGAGAUACAGUUUGCCGACUACGUCUACCCGGCCUUUGAUCAGCUGGUCAACGAGGCGGCCAAGUUCCGGUACCGCGACGGCGCCUGCAAGCGCAACGCCGGCGGCCUGACUGUCCGCAUGCCCUGCGGCGGCGUCGGCCAUGGCGCGCUCUACCACUCGCAGUCGCCUGAGAGCUUGUUCACGCACAUCCCCGGGCUGCGCGUCAUCAUGCCCCGCUCGCCGCUGCAGGCAAAGGGGCUGCUGCUUUCCGCCAUUCGCAGCAACGAUCCAUGCGUGUUCAUGGAGCCUAAGAUCCUUUACCGCGCCGCUGUCGAGCAGGUCCCGACCGCGGCGUACGCGUUGCCACUGUCCAAGGCGGAGGUGCUGAAGGAGGGAUCGGACGUCACCAUCGUGUCCUAUGGCCAGCCGCUGUACAAGUGUGAAGCGGCGCUUCGGCAAGCCGAGAAGGAUAUGGGUGUCUCGGUCGAGUUGAUUGACCUGAGGACCGUCUACCCCUGGGACAAGGAAGCGGUAUUCAAGAGUGUCCGAAAGACGGGGCGGUGUCUUGUCGUCCACGAGGCCAUGAUCAAUGCUGGUAUCGGAGCCGAGGUGGCCGCGGCGAUCCAGGGGGACCCCCAGACCUUUGUCCGGCUAGAAGCGCCUGUUGCGCGCGUUGCUGGAUUCAGCAUACACACGCCGCUUUUGUAUGAGGCGCUGAACGCCCCGGAUAUCGCGAGAAUCUAUGACAAUAUCAGGAAGGUGCUAGAAUAUUAG